CAGUCUGAAAACGCAUGAUUGUCCGCAUUACUACUACGGCAGAGACCACUUGCCUUGUGCUACCGAGUCCGCAUCCAAAAGUUUGUAUUGACUACCACGUUGCCCGCACGGUCACGGUUUAGGAGGAAUUGAUUGGCAGGUUCCUGGACCAAUGGUCCGAAUUUGAUGUGUCGAAACUGUCAUCCACGACGUUGAUAUAGUGUCACAAAGGAACGGCUGUCUUCCUUCGCAUUGAUCUGCCUAUGGGGGGCUCUCCCGUGCUGGUCACUAAGUAGCUGGAUGGCAAUGGUAUCGAGUACUACGCCCCUGAGGUGGGCUUUAGUGCAAGUUACCAAGACUCUCACGUUUGUUUGUAGAGGAUUUGUUCGCCUCGUUAUCGUCGUCCACGAUGACAAGCACGACAGCUGCGACCUCUAGUUCAUCGACAACGCCAUUUCAGAGCAAGAAACACCCUACAAUCCUGCCAAAUGCACAUCCGUAUGCAAUCAAGACGACGUCCUCCGCUGUUCUUUCGCGGUCGAACUCGUCGCCGCACUCGCACUCAGUCAAACAUAAUUAUGUUCCACAAUCGCCCACUCGUCCGAGGCAUCGACACACGACUUCCUUUUCAUCUGUUGAAGGAGUGAGCGUCAAUGAAAUUACUCGACCUUCUCCGUUGCCCAUUCCUCCCUCCUUCAAUUCCGUCUCUCCAUCGUUCUCUCUCAGUGAUGACGCAACGCCUCAUCACAGGCUGAAACGUGCGGACACGUUGCCCUCCAAUGCAAUUGUUCCUGUCCUUCAUGACAACUCUGUUGGGGAGGACAACAAGCUACCUCGCAACCCCAAGCACUGGUCUACUGAGGACCUCGCUUCACAUGUCGCCACUUCACUCCGGGCAGGCAGCGAAUUGAGUGCUGAAGAUCAGGGACACCUCCUUUGCGCGAUAAAAGAACAAACCAUUACCGGUAGGGAUUUCUUGAGAUUAACUGACGCUGACCUCGCUAGCCUAUCCCUAACAACUGCUCAGCGACUUUAUCUGCUUGAGGCUUCCCGCGCCUUGCGCGCAGAUGUCCUUCGCGGUCGCAUAUGGGUGGACUCACACCAUUCUAAAGACAUACCCGCGCACUCAAAGGGUGUUUAUGCCCGCCCCACACGCAGCUCAAAUUCGCCCUUCAACAGCGAAUUUUACAAUUUCUCCACUUCGUCAGUGGAUUUAAUCCUCCCGCCAUCUGCCUCCAUAGGAGUUGAUGGAGAGCUUCCGCUAUCCCCAGCCGUGACCAUGAAUCGCUCAAACUCAGUUUCAGACUCCUCUGCGCAAAGAUACAAAGACCUUGCACAUAUGCGAAUCAGGAGACGUGGAAAGGUCAAGGGUCUCGUUGACACUUGGGAGCGCGAAAGCGGCGCUGUCAGCGGGAGCGAUGGCUCCGUGAGUGGCAGUGACGCUGAUAGUGACAGUGACAGUCCGUCGGUGGAGUCACCCCCUCCGCCUGUACUCCCAAAUUCGACGAUCAGUCUAAGCAACCCGCCACCUCCGUACACCUCGCUCAGGGGAAUUGAGGACGAGCCGACCAUAGAGGAGCUCCUUACUUCCUCUGGUCCUAUAAAAGGCGCACGCGCCUGGGAAGAGGAUUAUGGGUUGGGAGAGACUGUGAAGCGGAUCCCCACUAGUACGCCUGCCCCUUUGCCGUUGGCACCUACAUCUUUGAGGGUGGCGACGGCGGUCGAAAUUAAUGCCGACCCAAAUGAGUCUUCAGUGGAAUGCAACCUCAGCAAGUUAAUUGACCUUGGGAACGGUCGGGCUAAUACCCAGAAGCGAAUCGUGACGGCGAUAUUUACCGGAUCUUCUGAUAGGAAGAUGGACACUACAUCAUACAGCAUACCUGUGGACGACGUACCUCAGGCCAACGUAGAUCCCGGGGAGGUUGUGGACAUCAUUGAUGCAGCAGAGCUCGAGGUUACUGCAGUAGAGUCAGCUGAAGGCAUCACUCUUGUGCCUGACCAAGUUGCUGCACCUUCCGAUGAUGAUACCCUCAUUGCAGUAUUGGAAGCAUCCAUCGCGUCUACUCGAGUGCAGCUUGAAGCAUUCCGAGCACGUCUGGAAAUCAUCGAGGCACAAGUCGCGACCCAGGAAGCCACUUACCUCCGCCCUGAAGAAGCUCGACAGCCACUCGAUGAACAUCAGCUCAUAUACCGAUCUUGUGAUCCAGCCCCCGCUCCGGAUGAUAUCAUGUUCUCUGACUACCAUCUUGGUUUGAAAUCAUUUGUGCGCUCGAUUAUUGCUCGCACAGUGGGAUGGUUUUAUCCCUACUCUCAUCUUGGUGCACGCCCUCGUCCAGAAGUGAAGGCUGCGCGUUCCGGAGAGCCGAGCUUUUUCGUGCUACCGCGCAUUUUACCCGCCUUUCGGCUAUCCUACGUGAUCAUGUUUUCUAUCGCUCUUUGUGCAGCCGUUUUGCGCAGAGUAGGAAAAAGCAUGCGGGGGCGUUAAGCCCUGCUGAUACCUACCCGGUCGAUCUUCCACGGACACCUCGAUAUUCUUGACAUGGUGACCAUUGCUCUGCUCUGACUAGCGAAUCCAGCAGUUGUG